AGCCGUUGGAUGGUCGAGGCGCGCGCCCAUGGGUCGGACGUGCAGCCCGCGGGCCGCUCCCGUCCGCUACCUGUACAGGGCAGUGCCGGCCCGCCCCCCGGCGUACUACUGGGCCAGCCCAAGAGCCGCGCCCGUGCGCUGGCAGCAGGGGCCAUCGCUCGUCGCUGGCAUGGCGGCGGGGCUCGAGUCGCCACCCAUCAGGCCAGCCUGCAGGGGUCGGGCUGGUAGGGCCGCCGGCCCCGAUCGCCAUCGGGGCCCUGCCGCCGCUGGCUGCGACCAAGGACGAGAUCAGACAGAAGCUCGGCGAGGGCGCCGGUAGGUUCCACAGGGCAGGCUCGAAAGUGGGCGAUGUCUGCGACGUGGCGAUAAAACACAUGAAGACCACGUGGGUGAAGCUUGACGAGAGGGUGCCCGAGAAUUACACGUGGCUGAAGUACGCCACGAAAAAGCUCCGAGACACUCACGACCCGGUGAGGACAGCCAGGUGCAGCAUACCCAGGCUCAUCUUCUCGAUCGUAACAUUGUGGGGCCUCGUCUUCUUCGUCCUGGAACUGUGUUUUUAUGAUGCCAUCGCAAACGUCGGAGCAGGCGGUGGUCUGUUCCUGCUAGCGCUCUUUGUGACGGUGUACCUUGGUGGGGAUGUUUUCAUGUUUGAAGCGUUCCGGAGCAUAGUGGCAGACUUAGGAUGGCAGAUUCAAGUUCUCAAGGCAAGCCGGGAUUUUUACCAGCAUAAGUUGCUUGAUCUGAAAGAUGUGUCUGCGGGCUUGGAGGAUGUCCGCGCUCAGAUGUCUGGCGACAUCGAUGCGACCACCAAGCUUCUGACAGACAUGGAAAGGCUCUGCAAGCUGCGGACCGUCACCUCUGUUGUGAACCUGUUCCACACGGCAGACUACGGCGACCUGAAGAUCUGUGGCGAGCAGGCAGAGCUCCUGCUCCCGCACCUCACGAUCCUCUGGGAGAUCGUUCCUGGCUACGACCAGCAGAAGGUUGUCGAGCACGUCCGGGACAACGGCAUGACCAUCCAGCAGUUCUACCCCAUCGUUGAUGCGCUGGUGCAGGAGAACGAGGAGCUGGCCUUCCGGGCGCUGGAGGACCUGAUGAACCAGACCGCCGACGAGAUCGCGGGGAACCUCGUCAGCAACGGCGGGGGCUCCUCGCCGGCGUCGGAGCACCGCGGCAGGCGGCCCGCGCGGCCCGCGCCGGCCUCCUGGCACGGCAGGCCGUCGCCCCCGGCCCGGCCAGCAGCCGGCCCCGACGGGGACGAGCCAGCGCGGCCG